AUGUCACAGUGUCAUCAAACAAUUGCUAAUAGUUUUGACAACAAAAACAAAAAAAAAAAAUAUUGUAACAUCGAGGAUUGUGACAGUGAGAAAAUCGAGAAUUGUGACAGUGAGAAAAUCGAGAAUUGUGACAGUGAGAAGGUCGAGAAUUGUGACAUCGAGAAUUGUGACAGUGAGAAAAUCGAGAAUUGUGACAUCGAGAAUUGUGACAGUGAGAAAGUCGAGAAUUGUGACAUCGGGAAUUUUGAUAGUGAGAAAAUCGAGAAUUGUGACAUCGAGAAUUGUGACAGUAAGAAAGUCGAGAAUUGUGACAUCGAGAAUUGUGACAGUGAGAAAGUCGAGAAUUGUGACAUCGAGAAUUGUGACAGUGAGAAAGUCGAGAAUUGUGACAUCGGGAAUUUUGAUAGUGAGAAAAUCGAGAAUUGUGACAUCGAGAAUUGUGACAGUAAGAAAGUCGAGAAUUGUGACAUCGAGAAUUGUGACAGUGAGAAAGUCGAGAAUUGUGACAUCGAGAAUUGUGACAGUGAGAAAGUCGAGAAUUGUGACAUCGAGAAUUGUGACAGUGAGAAAGUCGAGAAUUGUGACAUCGAGAAUUGUAACAGUGAGAAAAAGAAAUUUAAAAAAAAAAAGAAAAAAUCAAAAUUGUAA